AUGAUGGCAUUGCCGUUUGAAAGAGAUUUUGAGAAGUAUAUUCGAAUGGAACGUUAUCGAGGACACGGUCUUUUAGAAUCCGAGACAGACAACAGGCGACGGCAAAUGAAGUCAAUAUUAGCUUCAGCUCCACCUUAUGAGAUGGUGAACGUCUAUCCUACAUUAAACACCCAUAUCGUUGAGAUGCGAAAUGAGGUGGAUCUGGACCUCGAAGUUGUAGCUCCGAGGCCGACUUCGCUACCACUUGAGCUUCAAAUGUCGCUAAAGGAGGUGGCCUAUGAAUACGAUGGCGCGCAGAUAGCCCGCGCUCUCGUAUAUGAUUAUUUAACUCACGGAGUAUCCGGGCUCCAUGAGGUGCAGAGAAUGGCCGAAUCUGUGGAUCCGUCAGAUUCGAGAGCCGUUUACACAUUGGUUCCUUCUUCCAGCACCUUAAGUAGUAAGCACGUUGAACUAAAGUCACGCUGGCUUGACGCGUUUGGCAUUCAAUCUAUCUCUUUUGAAUUUAGAAAGGAUGGCGGACAAUUAGUUUUACCGCGCUAUAGCUCCACGAUAUACAAUAUAUCAAAGGUCUACCCGGUUUAUCAAUACUUUAUAUUGAUUAUUAUUAUGUCCAAACCAAGUUGUGUGACACGAGAAUUUCUAACACUGACUUACUUUCUGUAG